UACAUAUAUUAGCGAAAUCCCCAAUUUCCAUGCACGAGACACAAACCCUAAAACUACAAAUCGGGAUCUCUCUCUCUCUCUCUCUCUCACUCUCAGAGCGAUGGAAGCCGACGAAGGUAGAAAAGUUCAAGUUGGAGGGGAGCAGGAAGAAGGUCUUGUUGAGACUCAAAGCAGCUCUGCCUCAGCAGCAGCAACUGCUGCUGUUGAUCAAAUGAAAGGGAAGCGCCCUCAUGAGGAUCUUCCAACUUCUGCCUCAGCACCUUCUGCUUCUUCUGGUACCAAAUCUCAAGUGGAAGGAGCCAAGCGCCCAUGUGUGGAGCAGCCCAAUUAUACAGUGAUGGAUGAUACGGCGGACGAGGAGGAGUGCCCAAUGGAUAUGGGGAUAGAUGAUACGGCGGACGGAGGCUAUUUCCUCAGCUUUGAGGGAAAUCGAAUGGUUAUCGUCGCAAAACGUCCACCACCCGUUAGGAGGAGGUUCGGGCCGCCUCAUCCAAACGCAAUCACCUAUAAAAGAAUGAGUCGUAGAAUGGCUGAAACUGGAUUAAGUUAUAUUCGUGGCGACGAUCCUGUCUUUCACAUGCCCUGGAAUCCAUUCCCUGUAGCAUCAUAUACAUCAUCACUACCACCAACUGCUACUCCUGAUGCUUCUGACAUCGAGGCUUGAUCCGCUUACAAGUGAUCUUGGUUGGAAUGGAUCUAGGAAACCCGCAAUUGAUGCUGUGCUUAUAUAAAUACAAAUAAUUUUAGUGUACAAAACGUACGAACUAAGGGAAAAGAUAAAAAAACGCGGUGAUAUUUUUGUAAUUAUCAGUAACUAUCAAAAUUACUCUACAAAUGAUCCUGUAGAGUAAUUUUGAUUAGGUUUAAUUAGGUUUGUAAAACAUGUUCAGAUACAUGAAACCUUGGUCAAA